GCAUUGUGCCGGCAAUAAGUAUUUCGAUUCGCGCGUAAGUAGUGUGACGAUAAGUUGUUUUAAAGUAAGUUAAAAGUACCUGAAGAAAAGACAAGAAAAUGUCAGGAAAAUCGAAAGCAUUCACUAAAGAAGAAGAAUUGCUUCUUCAAGAUUUCUCACGAAAUGUUUCCACUAAAUCUUCGGCUUUGUUUUAUGGCAAUGCUUUCAUCGUUUCAGCGAUCCCCAUCUGGCUUUUCUGGAGAAUUCAUCUGAUCGACAUAUAUGCUAAUCUAAUUUCCUUCGUUCUAGUUACAUUAGCAAGCACAUAUGCUUUAGCUCUUGCUUAUAAAAAUACCAAGUUUGUUCUUAAACAUAAGAUUGCAGUGAAAAGGGAAGAUGCAGUGACUAAGGAGAUGAAUAGAAAGUUAGCAGAAGAUAAGAAAAUGAGCAAAAAAGAGAAAGAUGAAAGAAUCUUGUGGAAGAAAAAUGAAGUGGCUGAUUAUGAAGCGACAACAUUUUCAAUCUUCUACAACAAUGCCUUAUUCUUAGCGCUUGUUAUUGUAUCUUCAUUCUACAUUUUAAAGACAUUUACUCCAGCCGUGAAUUACAUACUUUCCGUUGGUGCAACAAGUGCAUUGUUAGCACUACUAUCGACUGGAUCUCAAUAAUGUAUAAGGUGUGAGAUGCGUGAACUUAAUCAUUUAUUUCACCAGACAAUUCUGUGCGACUGCAGUUGUUUUGAUGAGUGAAUGGGUAUAUAUGUAAUAAAAUCGUUUCUAUUUAUACUAA